AUGUCGCGGAUGACCAUGGCUCCAACCGAAUCAGAGGAUGCUUCCCGGCCGCUUGCUGACUACUUCUGGAUUGCAGGUCUGGACAGCCAACAAAUGGUGGAUGCUUUUUCCCAACCUAGAUUCUCUUACGACUUCAACGAUACCAAUGGUAUUGAUAUGCCGAUAAAGGAGGAACCAACGACGAACGAUGGCCAAGCUUCAAUUCUUCAAUCCCCCAAAGCUUCACCUCACCACUCGCGGCAUGAUUCCUAUCAAAGACUGUCUCAACUCUCGGACGAGGCUAGGGACGCUAUCCAGAGUUUGAACGAUGUGGCGCAAUCGCCGAGAAGCAAUCGGAGCAGUAUGACCAUUCGACCAUCGCCUACAAUUACUGGUCCUCGUAUGUCAUCUGCCUUGAGCGAAGCAGACUUCGAAAAGGCCAUGAAAAGGUUCGCGACGGAUCGAGACACCUUUUUCCUCGACCUCAGCUUCAGUCCUUCGGAAACAGCCAAGCAAGAUCGUUCCAAGUUACGGCCUCAGACGCAGAAGAUUGUGCUUGAGGACGAAGUGUCUUCCCUGCCAAAUCGUAAUUUUGGCAGCAUCCGCAGACAUAUGUCCUUCAAGGAUAUGAGCAGCACAAAGCGGCAACCGUCGAUGGCCAGGCGUACCUCGACGCGAACAUCGCGCAGACUGAGCAGCUACAACUCGGUAAUACCGAGCCCUGAAACUUUGCGUGUUCCUCCCGACGAACAUCCAUUGAGUCGUAAAUUUGAGCCCGUACUGUUGGAGAGAUAUCCCCGAACGUCAACAUUCGAUUAUAUGAGAGGGAGAGGGUCAUUUCCGGAAUAUGUGCCUAUGUUUGCGUUCCCCAACGAUAUCAAGGUCGUUUGCGCCGAUGCUAGGCCUAGAUCAACAUGGCAUGAGUUUUCUAUGACUGUCUCCGAUGGUUCCAGGGUAAUCGCUGUCCAGGUCACCUUGUGGAUUCCGGUUGCUCGUCAAUUGGCAUCCGACCUUGAGAAGAAAUGCGUCGAGUGGAGAAAUUCACACAUGUCUGAUGCAGAACGAGAAUUGGCCGCUUCCCUUGAGGAAAGAUUGACAACUGAGAGUGCCAAGUUGUCGAGAUUGUUGGCACAGCUUCCAGAAGUAUCCCCAGACUCCCAAGAAAGAGAGCAGCUAGAGGAUGACAUCAGUGCCGUGGAAGAGAAGAUCACCAUGAUGGCCGAUAUGCUGCGACCGCUGCGGCACGGGUCUGUAAAUGAUAUCCAAGGUCUGGGUAUUGGUGAAACACGCUAUUGGGUUCCUAGAGCCUAUGGGAUCCUCGGAACAGAAUCUUCUUCGAUCAAUUUCUGGCGACAGUGGUUGCGCGCUGUUGUGGUCCCCAUGACAGAUGGUGGAAUUCUCAGAGUCCCCCCAAGCUCACCCAAAGUCGGUAUGUGGCAGCCCUUGGAACGCUACGUGUAUAGCCUGUGUAUGGAGGCGCCCAGUCCACUCUCGUCACAGACUCAAGUCCAGAUAUCGAUACGCGAACUCAAACUUUACGCGAAGAAAGAAGCUGCAAACGAACUUCCUGGCAGUCGAACAACUGACCUCUAUCCCUUGUUCAGAACACUUACUAUUCCCAACAUUGUAUUAUUAUUCGAGUAUGUCUUGGCCGAGUCCAGGAUCAUUUUACUCUCUUCACACACAUCCAUGCUUCAACUAGUCAGCAAAGCCAUUUUGGAAUUGAUCUGGCCACUUGAAUGGGCGGGUGUGUACAUUCCUGUACUACCAUCACGAUUGGUCCAGGCUCUCGAUGCGCCUUGCCCAUACAUUUGCGGUAUCAAUCGCAAUUACGAAAAGUAUGACCUACCAGAGGACGACUUCGUCCUAGUCGAUCUAGACAAGAAUGAACUGCAUAGUGUUGAGCCGCCACCGAACUUACCGAAGCAGCAACGAAGGAAACUGAUGUCUCUUUUACAUCAGGCAGCGCCGCUGCACCACGCUUUUGGAGUGAAACCCGGGAGUGCACCUUACGCGGCAGAGACCUUCCCCCAUGAUGCCUUCUCGGCGGAGGUCGAGACCCCUUUCACCGCCAUCACCAAAUCAACAAAUUUAGACAAGUUGUCCAGUUUAAGCUCAACGUCGUUCGGCCCGCAGGCCGCUUCAGAUAUGAUUCGGCGUGCACCAAUGUUGAAUGUCUUCUUGAGCAGUGGACCAACUCGAGGAAAGAGUAUCGACCGACCAAGAACAUCCUCAACUGUCACCGCUCGGCAGUCUUUCCACACCGACUCGGAUGGAAUGUCUCCUCCCAAAGGAGGCUUGUCCUACAGGCUUGGUAAUGGGUCGCCUCGCCACGACUCUGGCUAUGGUUUACAGACGACUUUGCGGGAGAAGAGAUCGGGACAUUUCGAUUCUCUGUCAAAACGAAGUUUUUCUGGGUCUACGCAUAUGAUGAGAAAGGCCAGUCUACCAUUUGUACGACACAAUGCAAGCCCUUCGACCUUAUCAUCCCCCGACAUGCGCGGCACAUCGAAUUAUGCACCUUCUACCUACGCCCAGUCUACUUUGGCCGCAUCGACAAUAAUGCCGCAUAUGCACGCCCAUAAUACAGCAACAAACACGGACACGACAUUUUGGGUCGAAGGACAUUGUCUCCAAUGGCGAGGCACCGACGGACCCUCAACCUGUGUUCUCUGCGACGAAAAGGCCCAGGACGGAUAUUAUCGGUGCUCUGGGUGUGGAUUCGUUAUCCAUGAUAGAUGUGCUCACCAGAUCACCAUCGUCUGCUCGUCAGCCUUCUAUCCCGAUCAAGUUCGAGCAGCAUUUGUGAGAUGCCUUGCAAGCCUUUUCUACACAUAUAGGAGAUUCAUGUAUCCUGCACCACUUCAGAAGAGAAAGCUCGGAGCUGUGAAUCAAUUCGAUAGCGAGACAUUCAUUCGAUCUCUACCCACUGACCAUGCAGCUUACAUGGAAAUGCUCCAACAAACACAAGCAUGGAAUGAAUUCAUCAUGGAUCGCGAGGACAACUCCACGAAGCCUUCGGUAGCUCUGUUUGAUGCAAUCAUUGCCGCCAAACGAGGACGGGCAGGGUUCAGAUCAUCUCUCUCGGGACUGGGGCGAAAGAGUCUGGCGGCGAGAUCAGUAUCUGGGGCCACGAAGACAGACUUACUCUCUGACACCUCGCAACAUCAAUGGCGCAUCAUCGCUGUACCAGGAGGCACUGAGAGAUCAGAAAUUGGCUCCGCGGCAAAGGGACGGGACUACCACAGCAUCAUCACACGAACCCCGGCCAAAUUGGAAGACGGCUUGUUCAAGCAGGAAGAGACAGUACCUGAUCUACCCAAAAUUGUGCCGAGGAAGUUGAGGGGCGUCAGCGCCUUGGCCGGGAAAAUGAACGGACUCAGUAUGCACGCACCAUGA